GCAUCGGAGGAGCAGUAUUUAUUUUCAAUGGCUAUCUUAUCCUAACGUUAACUAUCAUUUAAUGACAAGAGACACGACGACAAAACAAGGAGAACAAAAAGUUGUUAAAAGUAGAUUAAACGUCCUAAAGAAGAAGAAGUGUAGUUUGACAUCAUGGCUGAAGCUGAAGUUAAAGAAGAGUUCGGGGUUGAUACCGGGUUGGGAGAACCAGAAGCUGAGCUAGUUCAGAGGACCCGGAAGUCUCAGGUUUACUCUGCAACCAGAGAAACACUUUUCUCAAAGAAAACAACUCAAACGAGGACACAUGCACUGUCACUAGAUUGGGUAUUUGGGAGGAAUCCAGAACUUCCUGCCUUCAGUCUGCAAGACCACGAUGAGCUGGUGGUCCUCUAUGCUGGAGCUCAUGCCGGGGUCAUUUACAAUCACACCUCAAACUCCCAGCACAUACUUCAGGGUCACUGCCACCCCAUCUCGUGUAUGUGUGUGAGCGAGGACGGACGCUGGAUUGCUACAGCUGACAUUGGCCUGAAAAGCACAGUGAUGAUAUGGGACUCCUACUCAGGCAUUCCUGUGCAUACAAUGUUUGAUUGCCACCCUAAGAAGGGUGUCAUCGCGAUGGCAUUUUCAAGUGACACCAAACAUCUGGUAACCCUCGGAGCUGAGGAAGUUCAACUCGUGUGUAUUUGGGAUUGGACUCAUGAAACAGAAAAGCCUUUGUGGUUCACUGAACUGAAUCCUGACGAUGGUUUCCAUGAUUACAUCAUUUUUAAUCCAAAUGACAGCAGUCAGCUGCUCAGCAGAAGUGAAAGCCAGGUGUUAUUUUACAGCACUGCCCGGGGAAUUCUGCAACACUAUGCCCUGAUGCUGAACCAGAUGACUAAUGCAGCAGGUAGUGAAUACGAUGCUGAUAUGAUUGCUCAGCCUUCCCCUGAACCGUCCGCAGCUGUUGGCACGUUUGGGCACUCUGUGUUUCACUGGAGAGAGCCUCAGGUUGUCACGGCGACUGCAGGGGGCAGUUUUGUGGUGUGGAAUGUGAUGAAUGACUUUGCUGCAGACCAAGACGUCCUUGACAGGAGAUUCUGGGUCAUUGAGCCUCAUAAACAUACCAAAAAGAUCACCGCGUUCACUGUGACCGACAGCUGUUUCGUCACAGGUGAUUCUGGAGGCCAUAUCACGUUUUAUAACGAACAAUUCAUCAUGCUCAAUAUGUACACUGGCCUACACCUGGAUGCCAUUGUUUCCAUUACCUUUUCCAAAGAAUGUACAGAGGGAUACUUGCAGCACUACACUCUGACGCCAACACCCUUUAUCUUCAGGAACUUUGUUGUGUCUACAUGCAGUUCCAAAGUAGUGCAUGUUAACGCACAAAAACGCAGCCCUCAACUCCUCCUAGAUGAGGACAGUGAGCCUGUGCAUGCCGUGGCCUGUCACCCCAAACAGCCCACUGUGGCCAUGGGGAAUCACAGGGGUGUUUUGAAAGUGUGGGAUUAUGACAGCAAAGUGAUCGUCUGCAGCCGAGUCUUUGAGACCGAGAGGCUAAUACAGUGUCUCUCUUUUGAUCCUCAAGGGUCAUACCUGGCCGUUGGCUUUGGCAGUGGGGCUGUUCACAUACUGAAUCCCAAAACUUUACAAAGUGAUCCAGAGGAGUGUUUCCACUUCAGUAAAGCUGGCAUCCAUCACAUCACUUUCUCCACUGACUCCAAGUAUUUCGCUACAGCGGAUGCUGGAAAAGCAGUGACGGUGUUCCGGUUACAGACUGAUAAAAGUAGUCUGCCUUGUUGGAUGCAUUUGGGCAGAUACCAGUCUCACUACAAGCCCAUCACAGACCUUCUUUUUGGUGUCCACCUGGACAGCCCCCUACCCAGACUACUCUCUCUGGGAAUGGACCGCCGACUGGUGGAGUAUGAUCUGGAAAACAGCGACAUCGAUAACCUUCUCAUCUUAAGCUCGGAGCGCAUCGAGCAAAGUGCCGUGCCGAUGUGCAUGACUUGGUAUCCUCCCCUGAGCGCCGAGCAAUUCCUCCUGGUCGCCUCGGACCAGUACAAGAUGAAGCUUUUAAACAGCACCACCAAGAUGUGCAGGCGUACACUUCUUGGCCCAACAUAUGGCUCUCCCAUCAGGAAAGUAGUCGUCCUCCCCGUGUCCAAAGAAGCGCAGACCAACUCAUAUUACCUGGCGUUCAUCACAGAGGACAAGGUGGGUCUUCAGAUUUUGCCUCUGGACGGGAACCCCUACAAGUCCAACGCUCUGAUCUGCCACCCGACAGGGGCGUCUACUUUUACCUGCUCGUACGACGGCAGAUUCAUCUUCACCGCAGGAGGAUCCGACUGCACCGUUCUGGCAUGGGAGAUAAACCUGAAUGCUCUGGAGGCAGCAGCUGCUUUGGGAGGAAAAGACCUGGAGCCCUUUUACAGUCUUUUAGAGGGAGGCAGAGACGGCAAGUUCUUCAGGGAGAUGGAGGAGUUUUUCUUCUUCUGCCAAAUCCGACACCAAAGCAUCGACUCGAUGGAGAAACGAAAGGUGUCAAAAAAAAUCCUGCUGUCAGAGGUGCCGUCUCUCAUGAGAGCUUUGGGCUGUUUCCCUACUGAGCAGGAGAUAGAAGAUAUGCAAAAUGAGGUCAAGUUCAGCAAGUAUGAAGAAACAGCCAAAUAUGUGACUGACAUCGACCUGGAGGAGUUCAUCAAGCUGUAUGUCAACCACCGCCCCGCCUUUGGCAUCAGUAUCGAUGAGCUAAUUCAAGCUUUUCACGUCCUUGGCGAUGGCGAUCAUAAAAGACAACCCACUCUGCAGAGGCAUGAGCUGCUCGAAGUCCUGCAGGCUCGAGGAGAACACAUGACUGAGGAAGAGGUGGCAGAGUGUUUCACCACACUUUUGGGACUCAAUGAAGAUGACGAGGAGGAGGAAGAAAAAGAAGGAGGAGGUGGGGAAUAUUCACUGCAGUGUGCGAUCCCAGAGGUGAUAUCUAUGGAGACGUUCACAGGUCACAUCCUGGGUUUCCCGUCCUCUGCAGAGCGGAGAAGCACGUCUCCUCCUCCAAAGUGAUGAAUGUAACAUUUAGAAUAAAUGUUUGUAAUGCUU